AUGUCUUCCGCAACUCAGUCGUCGCUCAUGUCGUCUGCCGCUGAUCGUGCUGGCGAUAAUGAGCUGGCUGCUCUUGUCUCGUCCCCAGUCGCAAGCCCUGCCUUGAUAUCAUCUCCUCAUCCAGACAUCACCGGCACUGUCCUGCUCGAAGAGAGCUCAGAGGCCGUCGUUCAAGACAUCAAGAACAUUAACGCCCAGAGCACUGACAUUGACUUGCGCGAGCACUCCGCAUCCGCUUCGAACGACGAGUCCACUUCAGCCGAUCAUGCCACUUUCCCAAUCCAGCCAGCCAGCGACCACGAUACUCCCGUUGCGUGCGACAUCAAGAUCGCCGCUCACGACAAGGUUGACUCUCCGACUUCAGUCGACGCGCCAGCCAGUAUUGAAGCUCUGAUAGAUGGCUCUCCUCCCAGAUCAAAUAAAGAGAACAGUUCGCCAAAGGCAGGUGGCUCGCCUCGCAUCAAGUUCAUCCUGAAGCGUCUGACCGAGAAGACUACAACACCUACUCCUACAUCUCCUUUCAACAACCCCUUCACAGUUGUCUCCGACAAUGAUAAUACCACCACCUCCUCUGACACGACUGGUUCGGGUCUCAAGCUCAAGCUUCGCUGUAUCAAGUCGGCCAUGAAAGAGUCGCUCCCACAAGCAGUAAGCGUCUCCCCUCCCAGCAUUGGCGUGAAGCGCUCAGCUCCCAUCGCUCUCGAACACGAUAUCGACGACACAGACUCUGAGAUUGAUAUCAUGCCUAAGAACACGUUGUCCAAACACACAAGCAAGUAUACCGCCAAGCAUAGCAAUGCCCACCACACCAAGAGGGCACCCUCUCACCGAGCCAAGAAGACCAAGGUCAAGGGCGAGGCUAUCCUAAUUAGGGAUGAGGACGACGCAAUGUUCGAUGCCGGCGAUGAAGAUGAGCCAAGCGGGGAGGAAGUUGGCCCAAGUUUCUCCCUGCUGACCCCGGCCUUGAAGCGCAACAAGCGCAUUCUCGACCCCAGCUACGCUCCUCACGCGGAGCUCAUCGCCAAAGCUACCAAGGUGGGGCCAGAGUACUACGACAGCGAUGCGGAUGACGCAUCUGGCGACGUCAAAGACACCGGCAAGCCACACCUCUUUCGAAACGUCAACUGGGGCGUUUACGCCACCGAUAUGAGCAACGAUGGCGACUUUGUAAAGGAGCCGGAGUUCACCCAGUUCGUUCCGGGCAGGUUUGAACUCCUGCCCGAUGGGUCCGUCGCGGACCAGAAAGCCAAGCUGGUCAUCAAGCUCCUGGACAAGGCGGGGCGAAAGCGAAUAUUCGCAAACCCGCCGCCCCGUGACUGGGGCAACCAGGAGGCCAUCACGGCGCUGAACAAGCGCACCGUCCAGCAGAUUCGGCGCAACACCAACGUGCGCUUCCGCGAAGUUGUCCGCGCCUAUGUGCCUGAGGAGCGCUUGUGGAUCCUCUCGAACCUCACCACCGGAAAGCCCACCCGGGGUUGGAAGGUGUUCGUCGAGGAGUUCAACAAGCGCUUCGAGGGCAGGGCGCUGGCAGGUGUUGAUGGCACCAGACCGCAUAGGAGCCACUCCAGCCUCACCAAAGAGGUUGAGAGGUUUGGGCCUAAAUUCUAUGCACGAGGUCUGGUGCCGGAGCCUGCCAGGACGACUGAGCGGAAGUAG